AUGCUGAAUGUAUUGACGUUCGUACAAUUUAAAUUAAUAGAAGGUUCAAAUAAAUUAGAACAAACAAGCAAUAAUAAACCAGUUGUAACUGAUAUAUCAAUUGUCAAUACCGAUGAAGGUCAAGCAAGCAGAAUCGAGGAGGCAGGCAGUUACAAGCUCAAGAUAGAAACAGGAUCUGCAGCAGCCAUCAAAAAAGUAUACUACAUUUUCACCGAUAAUAACCAAGCUGCUCUUGGAGAUCAAGAUAUUGAUGGUAAUAAUGAUAAAAUUAAGAAAUUCACAGAAGACCAAAUUACACGCAAGGAAGGAUACAUCACAGUAGAUGUUAGUGGUGUAAGUGGCGCUACAAGACAUUUACAUGUCGUCAUAGCAACUACUCAAACAGUAGAUCAAGUGACCACAGAUUUAAGAUCUGAUGAAUUCAAAAAGGAAAUCAAAAUUUAUCCAAAAAUCAGCGGUGCUUCAAUUGUCAAUACCGAUGAAGGUCAAGCAAGCAGAAUCGAGGAGGCAGGCAGUUACAAGCUCAAGAUAGAAACAGGAUCUGCAGCAGCCAUCAAAAAAGUAUACUACAUUUUCACCGAUAAUGACCAAGCUGCUCUUGGAGAUCAAGAUAUUGAUGGUAAUAAUGAUAAAAUUAAGAAAUUCACAGAAGACCAAAUUACACGCAAGGAAGGAUACAUCACAGUAGAUGUUAGUGGUGUAAGUGGCGCUACAAGACAUUUACAUGUCGUCAUAGCAACUACUCAAACAGUAGAUCAAGUGACCACAGAUUUAAGAUCUGAUGAAUUCAAAAAGGAAAUCAAAAUUUAUCCAAAAAUCAGCGGUGCUUCAAUUGUCAAUACCGAUGAAGGUCAAGCAAGCA